GAGAGAGAGAGAGAGAGAGAGAGAGAGAGAGAGAGAGAGAGAGAGAAAUAUAUUUUGAACCUCAGAGACCGACAUAGACCGAGAGGCUCCGCAGGAGGCCUGGAGGGGCCACGCUGCCUAUCGCCUCCUGGCUGUGCUAGCUCUUCAAUGCCCUGAAGGUCUGGAGCUGCAGAGGACCCGGGACACGGAGUGUCUUGCUAACUGGGCCAGGCAGUGACGCGAGACCGUCGGCCCUCCCACCCCAAGGGCACUGACAUCAGGGCACCCACGCGGGUCCCUGCAUCCGCCGGCUCCGGUGCUGUGCGCUCCACGAUGACUCCCGGCCGGGCAGUGGCCGGGCUGCUGCUGCUGGCGGCCACCGGCCUAGGACACCCCGCCGAGGGACCCGAGCUCGCCUUCAGUGAGGACGUGUUAAGAGUGUUCGGCGCCAACCAGAGUCUGUCCGCCGAGCAGCUGGGGCGCCUGCUGGAGCGGCUGGGGGCUGCACCCCACCAGGGAGCUUUGGAGCUGGGGCAGCUGCACUUCAACCAGUGUUUGUCAGCAGAAGACAUCUUUUCUCUUCAUGGCUUCUCAAAUGCUACCCAGAUAACCAGCUCGAACUUCUCCGCCAUCUGCCCUGCGAUCUUACAGCAGCUGAAUUUUCAUCCCUGUGAGGAUCAGCAGAAGCACAGUGCAAAGCCGAGUCUUUCUGAAGUCUGGAGCUAUGGAAUCCUGUCGGUGACAAUUAUUAAUUUGGCAUCUCUCCUGGGACUGAUUUUGACCCCAUUGAUAAAGAAGUCAUACUUCCCCAAGAUUUUGACUUAUUUUGUGGGGUUGGCUAUCGGGACCCUUUUCUCAAAUGCCAUUUUCCAGCUUAUUCCAGAGGCGUUUGGAUUUAAUCCCAAAGUUGACAAUUAUGUUGAGAAGGCAGUUGCUGUGUUUGGUGGAUUUUACAUGCUUUUCUUUGUUGAAAGGACGCUUAAGAUGCUACUGAAAACAUAUGGACAGAAUGACCAUACCCACUUCGGGAAUGAUGACUUUGGUUCUAAAGAAAAAACCCAUCAACCCAAAACACUACCAUUACCCGCAAUCAAUGGUGUGACAUGCUAUGCCAACCCUGCGGUCACAGAGCCUAAUGGACAUAUCCACUUUGACACUGUCAGUGUAGUGUCCCUCCAGGAUGGAAAAACGGAGUCAAGUUCAUGUACCUGUUUGAAGGGGCCCAAACUGUCAGAGAUAGGAACAAUUGCCUGGAUGAUCACGCUCUGUGAUGCCCUUCACAAUUUCAUUGAUGGCUUGGCAAUCGGGGCGUCCUGUACUUUGUCUCUUCUUCAGGGACUUAGUACUUCCAUAGCGAUCCUGUGUGAGGAGUUUCCUCAUGAGUUAGGGGACUUUGUGAUCUUGCUCAAUGCAGGGAUGAGCACUCGACAAGCCUUACUAUUCAACUUCCUUUCUGCGUGUUCCUGCUAUGUUGGGCUAGCUUUUGGCAUUUUGGUGGGCAACAAUUUUGCUCCGAAUAUUAUAUUUGCACUCGCUGGAGGCAUGUUUCUCUACAUUUCUCUGGCAGAUAUGUUUCCAGAGAUGAACGACAUGCUGAGAGAAAAAGUAACUGGAAGAAAAACGGAUUUCACCUUCUUCAUGAUCCAGAACGCCGGGAUGUUAACUGGAUUCACCGCCAUCCUGCUCAUCACCUUGUAUGCAGGAGAAAUCGAAUUGCAGUAGUCAGAAGUGGAACAUAGUGUUAAUGAAGGAAGGCAUUUAAUAAGCAAUAAAACAAAACAUCUCCAAAGGGAUUUUUUUUUAAAGCGUAUCCUAUUUAGUUAAAAGAGAUUUUUAUUUUCAACUAGAAGCUAAGGAAUCUAGUGACUGGUUUCAGACACAUAAAAUAGGUGAAAUUUGUUGUUAAAAAAUUCUUUAAAAGGUUUUCGGUUUCAGUCUGAAAUGGCUGGCAUGUGUGGGCCUUUGGUAAAUACCUGUUUUUCAGUGUUUUAUGCAUAUUAGAAAGUUAUCAUGAGGCAAAACACAUGCAUUCACAAGCAGACACACAGACCCAGAGAAAAACACAAUCUCGAUCACGUAAGACUUUAAAAUUUGGUCAGAUAAAAAA